GACCGAGUCCCCGCAACAUGUGAAGAAAAUAUGGGGACGUUGUAUUUUGAUUUUUCACCUCGACUUGACACAGCCAAAUGCGACCUGAGCGACUGAACUUGUAACUCCGAGACACAACACGACUCUAUAGGCAGCUGACGACCGGUGGUGCAGCUGUACUCGCUCUGUUGUACUUUUCUCUUGUUUUUUCUCCCCCUCUCCUUACUCGAGUAGCAUUUAGCUUGCUAACAACAUGGAUAACCCCGAGGAAAAUGCCGUGGAGCUGCACGGAGAUGAGGAAAUUAUUGAAGUCAUCGACCUCAACGACGCGGAGCAAGGUCCUGAUGACUUGGCUGAUGAGCUGGAGGACGUGGACUUUGAGGAUCCUGGGAACGGAGAGGAUAACGAAGGCUGGGAGACGGAGGACGAGAUGGAGGCCGAGGCAGAGCAGGAUGACAGCGAGCUCACCUUCACCAAACACACCGGCUCUGUGUUUUGUGUGAGCUUGGAUCCCGUGACAAACAGCUUGGCGGUAACGGGGGGAGAAGACGACAAGGCCUACGUGUGGAGGGUGAGCGAUGGAGAGGUUCUGUUUGAGUGCACCGGACACAAAGACUCUGUGACGUGUGCCGUGUUCAGCCACGACUCGUCCCUGGUGGCGCUGGGCGACAUGAGCGGCUUGAUAAAGGUUUGGAAAGUGGAAAGCAAAGAGGAGAUCUGGUCCUUCGAAGUGGGCGACCUGGCGUGGUUGGAGUGGCAUCCCUGCGCUCCGGUGCUGCUGGCGGGAACAGACGACGGCAACAUGUGGAUGUGGAAGAUCCCUGCAGGAGACUGUAAAACCUUCGAGAGUCCCGCAUGCCAGGCCACCAGCGGCAAAGUCCUGCCUGACGGUAAACGGGCCGUGGUGGGCUACGAGGAUGGGACGGUGCGGCUGUGGGACCUGAAGCAGGGAAAUGCCAUCCAUGUCAUUAAAGGCCAAGACGGACACCAGGGGGCGCUGACCUGCCUGGCGUGCAACAAAGACGGCUCUCUGGUGCUGACCGGCUCGGUGGAUGGCUGUGCCAAGCUGAUCAACACCGCCACAGGCAAGGUGGUUGGAGUGUUUUCUGUGGAAGGAGGGAGAGCAAAAGGCUCCAAAGACGAGGAAGAGUCCAACUCUGUCGAAUCUGUGGGAUUCUGCAACAUCCUGCCUCUGAUCGCUGUGGCCUACCUGGACGGGACCCUGGCCAUAUACGACCUCUCCACACAGGGCCUGAGGCACAAGUGCCAGCAUGAGGCCGGCAUUGUCCACCUGCAGUGGGAACAGUCUUCUUCGGUGGUGUCCACCUGCAGCUUAGACGGGGUGCUGCGCUUAUGGGACGCCCGCUCCGGCAGCAUGGUGUCUGAGUUCCGCGGCCACACCGCCGAGAUCCUCGACUUCACCCUGAACAGGGAAGCGACUCUAGCCAUAACCGCUUCCGAAGACAACCAGGCGAAAGUCUUCUGCCUCCAAAGACCUGACCGGUAAAGAGGGGAAGGCGAGGAAGGGGACGAGAGGAGGGAUUUUAGCCGAGGACAGAUUCACACCCAGAACUUGCCACCGUUGAUCAGACUUUCUUGUUCUCUGCCACUGGAGAGCACGUUUUUCUUCUUGGGGUUUCUAAAAAUGUCCUCUUGUGUGGUCUCACCAUCUUAUCUGACUGCCUUUUUAGGAUUAUAGCAGGCAGCCGUGAAAUGAUGUUUUUUUUUUUCUGUGCUCUUUAACACUUCAGUUGUGUUUGAUGUAGCUUGUCAGGGUGUCCUGGGUUUUGCCGUUUUUGUUUUGGUGUCUUUUCGAACCUGGCAGCCACAUCAAACCCACUUAAUUGAGUUUAGAAGGCAAAGAAGUUUGUGCGUUUUGGUUUUGGUCUGGUUUUAAUGACAGAGAACAGACCUGCAGGGUUUCAAAGAUGAUCCUUCAAAACAAAAUAAUGGGUAAUGGGUCUUCAUUACUUUAUUUCAAGUGUGCUAUCGUACAGGAAUCCAGAUUAAACGGAGUGAAAUUCA